AUGGCAGCCGUCCUGUCGGAAAACAUCGAGCCCCGCCUCGAGCGGUGGGCAGACAGACUCAAGAACCUCACCACCGCUUCUCUCACAUCUGUCGCCGAUUAUCCAAAGCCUGCUGAAUCCAGAGUCGUCGAAGCUGUUCACUCAAUAACUCUCCCUGAGAGCUCCCGUUUUUCAUUGCUUCAGUUGGCAAUCACAGAUGGCUCUAACCACGCCUCGCCGUUCACCAUUUUGUUGGCUGCAUUCGCUAUUCUGGCAUUCAGAAUCACUGGCGAUGAAGACAUAAGCCUUGCUACCAGUGCAGAAACUAAGGAACCAUACGUUCUUCGUCUUCCUAUUGCUGGACAGACCAGCUUCAUUUCUGUCCUGGAAGCCGUUCAGAAGGCUGAACAAGUCGGUGCCGCCGAUGCAGUCCCAUUCUCUGCACUCCUCUCCUACCUCCAAAAGAAAACCAAAUCAAAGGUCCCACCAUCCCUCUUCCGCCUCUCCCUCUACCAUGCUCCGGAUGCUCCUUCAAAGCAAUUCCUUGCUUCGAAUGAACUUAACACCGAUUUGAAUAUAUACGUCGAGCUCAAACCGCUCUCUCAAGCAUCGCUCCGCUCGUCGGCCCUUAUCCCAGAAAUCACAUUGAGCGCACAUUACAACCAGCUUGUCUUCAGCAAGGCUCGUAUUUCGUUAAUGAUCGAGCAGCUCCUUCAAAUCGUUCAAAUCGGUGCUGCGAACCCAACCAUAAACGUCGGUGCUAUAUCUCUUAUCACACCGUCGCAACAGGCUGUUCUUCCAGACCCAAAGAAGGAUUUGAAGUGGAGCUCCUUCCGUGGUGCUAUUCACGAUAUCUUCGCUGCAAAUGCUGCAAGACAUCCGGAUAGACCAUGUGUGGUCGAAACACCAGACUUCACGGAAUCAGACUCCGUUGAGCGAGUUUUCACUUAUCGUCAAAUCGAUGAGGCGUCGAAUAUUCUCGCCCAUCAUUUGAUCAAAUCUGGUAUCCGACUGGGAGAUGUAGUAAUGGUUUACGCCUACCGUGGUGUGGACCUCGUGGUAGCUGUAUUUGGUGUUCUUAAGGCUGGUGGUACAUUUUCCGUCAUAGAUCCCCAAUAUCCGCCAAACAGACAGAAUAUCUACCUUUCGGUCGCACGCCCAAAGGCAUUGGUAGUCAUUGAAAAGGCAGGGACACUGUCUCCAGUAGUUCUCAAAUACAUUGAUGACGAACUCUCACUUGUCACUCGAGUCCCUGCCUUGGCAAUCCAAUCAGACGGUAGUCUUCUUGGAGGAAAAGACGCCAAUGGUGUCGAUGUCCUGUCACCCCAGGUGGAACUCAAGUCCCAAAACCCUGGCGUGGUCGUCGGUCCAGAUAGCAAUCCUACCUUGUCUUUCACAUCUGGUUCCGAGGGUAUUCCCAAGGGCGUUCGCGGCCGCCAUUUCUCUCUCACAUAUUACUUCCCAUGGAUGGCAGAGACAUUCAACCUCUCAGAGAACGACCGCUUCACUAUGCUUAGCGGUAUUGCUCAUGACCCUAUCCAGCGUGAUAUGUUCACUCCUCUCUUCUUGGGUGCGAGACUUUACGUUCCAACCAUGAACGAUAUUGGAACACCCGGAAGACUGGCCGAGUGGAUGGCAGAGAAUCAAUGUACCGUCACACAUUUGACUCCGGCCAUGGGUCAACUACUCUCCGCACAGGCUUCUGCAGAGAUCCCAUCGCUACAUCAUGCAUUCUUUGUCGGUGAUAUUCUUACAAAGCGCGAUUGUUUGCGCCUACAGACCCUUGCAAGGAAUGUAAACGUGGUUAACAUGUACGGAACCACUGAGACUCAGCGUGCGGUUUCUUACUUUGAGAUUCCGUCGCUAGCUAAGGAUGCGACUUUCAGCCAGAGCCAGAAGGACGUUAUUGCGGCUGGAAAGGGUAUGGUUGAUGUCCAACUUCUUGUCGUAAACAGACAUGAUCGCAGUCAGAUUUGUGGAGUUGGAGAAAUCGGAGAGCUUUAUGUUCGUGCAGCUGGGUUGGCUGAGGGAUACCUUCAGCUACCGGAAUUGACGGAACAAAAGUUUGUCAGAAAUUGGUUUGUGGAUGAAGCCCAAUGGAAGGAGGCUGAUGUAGAUGGUGGGGAGAAGUGGAGGGAGUUCUAUAUGGGACCUAGAGAUAGGUUGUAUAGAAGUGGUGAUUUGGGGAGGUAUACUCCUAGCGGAGAUGUUGAGUGUUCCGGACGAGCGGACGAUCAAGUUAAGAUCCGUGGAUUCAGAAUCGAGCUCGGUGAGAUUGACACACAUCUCUCGCAGCACCCGUUGGUUCGAGAGAACAUUACGCUUGUUAAGCGUGAUAAGGACGAAGAACCAACUUUGGUGUCAUACAUCGUUCCUCUGCAGAAUGAUGAACUGGAUGCGAUGGAGAGCGCAGACGAAACUGCUACGGAGGGAGACGUAGAAGUUGAAAGCGAUGAUAUCGUGAGAAGGUUGAGGAGGUAUAGGAAGCUGAUUCAGGAUAUCAAAAAGUAUUUGGCGACCAAGCUUCCAGCGUACGCUGUACCUACUGUUGUGGUGCCGAUGGCGAGAAUGCCAUUGAAUCCAAACGGCAAGGUUGACAAGCCAGCGCUGCCUUUCCCUGAUACUGCUACUAUUGCUGCUGCAAGCGGAAGGAGGAGAAGACUUACAUCUACAGUUGGAGAGCCAUUGGAAGCUUAUGACGCACAAUGGUCACCCACUGCCCGUGCGCUCCGAGAUAUCUGGAAGAGCUUGCUACCACUUCUUACAGAUAAGAUCCAGCUUACGGACGGUUUCUUUGACCUCGGAGGACAUUCGAUCCUUGCAACUCGAAUGAUCUUUGAAGUCAGAAAUAGGUUUGCAGCUGAAAUCCCCUUGGGAUUGGUUUUCAAGCAACCCACACUUGGUGGCCUUGCCAUAGAAGUAGAAAGGAUCAGCCAGAGUGUCGAAAUAGGACUUGAGCCUGCUGCUGAAACUUCUUCCGUUGAAGUUGGAAAGGAGUCGGAGUAUGCGAAGGAAGCACGAGAGUUGGUUAACAGCCUUCCAGAAUCCUUUGAGUCAGCACCGGAAGUCGAUGAAACGAAGGAGUACAAUGUAUUCCUCACUGGUGUCACUGGUUUCCUUGGUGCCUUCCUUCUCCGUGAGCUCUUGACUAGAGAGGCUCCAAAGAUCAAAGUAUACGCCCAUGUCAGAGCUGAUACGACUGAAAAAGCGCUCCAGAGAAUCCAAGCUAGCUGUGAGGCUUAUGAUACCUGGUCUGAUUCCUGGAAGGACAGAAUCGUUCCAGUCACCGGUGACCUAGGCAAGGAAAACUUAGGCUUGGACGACAAAACCUGGAAUACCGUUGCUGCGGAAGCAGACUUCGUGAUCCACAAUGGUGCGCAAGUACACUGGGUUUAUCCGUACAGCACCCUCCGAAAGCCCAAUGUCUUCGGUACUCUUGCGGCCAUAAACCUCUGCGCUACCGGAAAGCCUAAGAGCUUUGCAUUCGUAUCCUCUACUUCGGUAUUGGAUAAUGAUCAUUACGUUGCACUUUCCGAUACUAUCUUGGAGCAAGGUGGGGCUGGUGUUCCUGAAGAUGAUGAUUUAGAAGGGUCGGCGUCCGGAUUGGGUAAUGGAUAUGGACAGAGCAAAUGGGUUGGAGAGUAUAUCACUCGUGAAGCUGGCAAGAGAGGGUUGAAGGGAACGAUUAUUAGACCGGGUUAUAUUACUGGUGAUACUUUGACCGGAGUGACAAACACCGAUGACUUCCUUGUCCGCAUGAUUAAGGGCUGCAUCCAGCUCGGCCAAACCCCAGAUAUCCAUAAUACAGUCAACAUGGUCCCAGUCGACCAUGUCGCCCGAGUAGUGGUAGCCUCAACACUCUAUCCACCAGCAACUCCACUAGCAGUAGCCCAAGUAACCUCCCACCCACGUCUCCGUUUCAACGAAUUCCUAGCCACCCUACCCGUCUACGGGUACAAUGUCCAACGGGUAGAUUACGUCCCCUGGAGGAUUGCACUAGAAAGACAUGUAACGGAGGUUAGUAAGGAUAACGCCCUCUACCCGCUCGUCCACUUUGUGUGUGAUAAUUUGCCACAAAGCACGAAGGCGCCAGAGUUGGAUGAUGAGAACUCUAGAAGGGCUUUGGCGAAGUAUGAUGAGAAGUGGGUUGGGGGUAGUGGGGUUGAUGAAGGGUUGAUGGGGGUUUAUUUGGCUUUCCUUGUUGGAAUUGGGUUUUUGGAGGCUCCGAAGGGUGAAGGGAAGGGGUUGCCGGAGGCUAAAGUCGGGGAGAGGAGUUUGAAGAGGCUUAAGGAGAUUGGUGGGAGAGGUGCUAUGGCUUAA